AUGAACAAUGGCAAGAUACAAACUAUCAGCGAUGGCCAGGAGGAGACUGUUGUUAGUGGCCGGGAGGAGAUAGCUACCGCCAGCGAAGGGAGCCGAGGACAAAAGUCAAUGAACAUUCAACAAGAGGUGCUGCAAAGAGAGAAAGCCCGGGUGGGGAUGAUGGAUAAAAAGAAGAGAAGACUGAGAACUUACCAGGAGCAAAUUGCACCUGCUCAACCAAGUACUGCUAAAGAGAAAAAGAAGAAAGUUGAGAAAGCACCUUCAGUGUCAACUGGUAAUAGAGUGGCAAGAAAUGUUCAAGUCAAAAAGAAACCAACACCCAAAGUAUAUGAAAAGAAGAAGACUGCAACAAAGAAAAUAAGUAGGCAACUCAUUCUUCAAGUAGACUCUGAAGAUAUUGACAUUGAAGAGAAGCCUAAGAAGACAAAAGCAACUGAUGGUACCCAUAAGAUUGCUAAAGACAUUCACAAUAUGCAUGAGAAAUUGAAAUCCCAAACAAAGACUAGAGCUCUACCAGAGCUAAAUGAUGAAGAGAAUAUUGCACCAGAUGUUGUUAAAAAUAAAGAUGAUACAACUUCCCCACCGAUUAUUUUCUUUGUUGAUGAUAUUGAUGAAAUUCAGGACACCAUUGAUACAACUGGUAAUAUCAUUGAACCAGAUAAGGAAUCUGUACUACAACCGGUCAUUUCUGAAACACAGAAAGUAGUUGAUACACCAGUUAAUGAGCCUAGUGUGGUGAAACCUACAGAGGUAGUAAAAGAUCAAGGAAAAGGGGUUGUAGUGAAGGAAAAUGAAAAGAAAAAGGAUGAAGACAAAAAGAAGAAAAUACAGAGAACAAUAGAGCAAAUAGUUAAAAAAGAAAAAGCAAAGGUGAAGCAGCAAACUGAGGAUAAGGAUGACUCUAUAAGAAUUAAAAGGCCAGAUAAUUAUAGAUAA